GUCGUUUACAGGAAGUGAGCGAGGUGGGAUAUUUUCGUCGCUGUUUCACGAAGAGAUACGGCAAAAACUCUGCGGCGCACUGAACGACCCAGUCCCCUCUCCGCCUGAGGGGAACUUCGGGGAUUUCCGAGAUGAAGGCGUUGACUGUGCAGCAGCCAGACGUUGCUCCUGGACAGCAACCGCAGCAGACAUCAUGUGGGAGAAGCUUGACUUCUAACUAUUCUCCUCCAAAUCUUGAGAAUAAGUACUUAGCCCAGGCCUCAGUGAUGAAGCCCGAGUCUUUCUCCCCACUCAUCAAUGUGGCUCUACAGCCCACUGCUUGCCCCUCUCUUCAGCCCUCUGCUCUGUCUUCAACCUCAUCCUCUCUUCUUUCCACCUCUGCAUUGGCAUCCUCCCUCUCCUCACCCCUCCUCAGUACCCAGAACAAGUUCUUAACCACACAUUCCCUUCGUCCCUCUUUCUCCUUGACCUCCUCCAUCACCACCGACACUCUGCUCACCACCACAAUGACCAGUGGUGCUUUGAUCAGUCGCUUUGCGCAGCCUGUUUCAUUUCUCCCUCAAGUUCUGGGCAAAGAAAGGAAAGAUGCUGAUGGAGAAGAAGAAAGAGAGGAAACACCUGAUGUGAUGGAGUCGUCUUUUGAAGAAACAAGUGAGCAGAGUUUAGAGACACAUGAUGUGUUGUCUCAAGAAGAGACGAUGGUGGAGGAGACUGAUGCUCCAGGAGCUGAGAAGUUACAGGCCUCUGACACUCCGUUAGAGGAUGAGGACUACGAGGACAUUGAGAUGGACCUAGAAGAUGAAUUUCCAGAGCUUGAUGGAGGAAAUAAAAGUGCUGAAGAGGAGCUUCAGAACCAAAAAUAUCUCCUGCUGAAUGCUGUGAGUUCCUCUCUGGUUAUGAGCACCGUGCCUCCUGGCCAGAAGACCUGGAAAUCAAAGAAAAAUGUUUGGCGUAAGAUCCUAAAGCUCGUAAAGGACAUUUCUUCCAAAGACCCAGAGUUCAUUCUGAAGGUGGCGCUGUACACUCGACAGAGGUUAAACAUUCGCAUCACUGCAAACUUCCUAUUGGCUCUGGCUGCCAGUCUCGACGAAACCAAGUCGCAUGUUCGCAGAUAUUUCUGUGCUGCCGUACAGCUGCCCUCUGACUGGCUGGAAGUGGUCAGAAUCUACACAGCGUGCUUCAAGCGCUCCCUGCCGUCGUGCCUGAAGAAGGCAAUGGUGGACAAGUUCAAGCAAUUCAGCGAGUAUCAGCUGGCUAAAUACAAUACACGCAAACAUCGCUGUAAACACAACCGGAACAAGCUCAAAGGAAAGAAACCAAGUUCCCAACAGCUGAAACUGUGGGCGAACAAGCUCGGAUCAGAUGAAACCAUUCUGACAAAAUUUUUGCAGCUCGAGCAAAAUACAGGCAAAGUGGAAAAAAAGCAGAGCGAGUUCAGUCUGAAGAAGCUGAUCAAGAGGCUUCACAUCAAAGAACCGGCUGAAUACGUUAUGGCCAUUCUGGGAAGAAAGUAUCCCAGUGAUCAGAGAGCGUUCAGUCGCAGUGGAUUAAAGGGUGAGUGGGACCCGGACAAGGCCGGCCAGCGAAUGAAGCUCCAGGAGCCACAGACGUGGGAACGGCUUGUCAGUCGUGAAGGCAACAAAGCUGCUACCUGGGAGAAGCUCAUAGACAACAAGUCUCUUCCAUUCAUGGCCAUGCUGAGGAACCUGAGGAACAUGAUCACUGCGGGCAUCAGCGAGCAACAUCACAACAAGAUCCUGAAGAGGCUGACUGACAAGAAAGCAGUCAUGGAGAGCCGUCAGUUUCCUUUCAGAUUCCUGGCUGCCUAUAAAGUCAUGUUGGAGCUUCUCCCAGUUGCCUCUGCAACCCAGCCAGCAACGGCGAGCACUACAAAGAUCCUGCGGGGCAUCCUGAAGAAGGUUCUCAAGAGCAGUCACUUCAGCCAUCGGCAGUGGGAGAAGACGAGGAGAAGCAGGCUGAAGGUGACGCUUGGCGUGCCUUUCAUCUAUCGACUGUACCAGCAACAGAAGGCCCAGCUGAAGAAAGCAAGGGAGAAGGUGUUCACCGUGGCUCUGCUGGACCGUUACCGCAAAGCUCUGGAGACGGCGGUUCAGAUCUCCUGCCGUUACAACCUGCCCCCGCUCCCUGGACGGACAGUCAUCCUUCUCUACGCAAGAGUAAAUAGUUUUCUGAGCUGGCUUAAAAAACAAGACUUCUGCCUCCCUCCAGACCCAGAGCAAAAAGACAAAAAGGAUGAUGAGGACGAUAACGAUGACAGACGGAAAAAUGUUGAAAAGACUGAGAAGCUCGGGCCUUCGGGGGAGGAGGUGGCUGCUUUGGUUGCACUGUUGAUCAGGAGCAGUGCAGAAGAUUGUCAGUUUUGCUUAGUGGAUCACGGUCACUGUGAAGAAAUCAAGCUGAAGUCUGAUGUCCUUUUGGAUAACGUGAGAACUGUGGUCAAGCAAAUGAAGACAUGCCAGGAGACAUCUUACGAAUCUAAGAACACCAGCUUCUAUAGCAGACUGUUCUCAAAGGAAAAUAAGGUGGACAACAUCAUCAUGCUUACUGACAACUGGUUCACUGAAGAAGUUGAGUGGGAAAUCAACAGCUACAGAGCCAAUGUGAACAGGAAAGCCGUGGUCAUGCAAAUCUUCCUUGAAGCAAGACACAGCUUCUCCAAACUUCACCCUGGAGGUAACACUGUGUGGCUGGUUGGUUUCAAUGAGCAAAUCCUGAGAUUUGUGUCGGAGCGGGGAUCCUCCAGGCUGCUGGAACAUGUGGAGCAUCUGGACAGAUUGCACAACAUCAAACCAGCAGAGGGCGCUAAAGGCGCUCCGACCACCAAGGAUGUUGCAAUGAUUCCACCCAGUCCAAAGCUGAGGUGGAAAGGUGUGCGGGUGUUCAUCUCCUCCACCUUCAGGGACAUGCACUCUGAGCGAGACGUCUUGGUGCAGAGCGUCUUUCCAGAGCUUCGCCGCCGUGCCGCACCACACUGCCUUUACCUGCAGGAGGUGGAACUGCGCUGGGGUGUGACGGAGGAGGAGUCGGAGCGGGCCACCGAGCUGUGCCUGUCGGAGGUGUGCCGCAACCAGAUCCUGGUGGGAAUCCUGGGGGAGAGGUACGGCCAGGUGCCCGAUCGGCCUGCCCUUCCCGAUCUGCCGCAGUACAGCUGGCUGGCCACGGCGCCGGAGGGGUUGUCCGUCACUGAGAUGGAGAUCCGUCAGUUCCAGUCUCUCUACCCGGGUGUUGCACAUGAGCGGAUGUUCUGCUACUUCAGAGACCCAGCAAUCAUCAAAUCAGUUCCUGUUGCUUGGAGAUCUCAUUUUACCCCUGAAUCAAACGAUGCUGAGCAGAAAAUGACCACUUUGAAGAACGCACUCAGAGACAGCAAUGUGAAGGUCACUGAAAAUUACUCCUGUGAGUGGGGAGGCGUCGUGGACGGGAAACCACAUCUGACAAAACUGGAUGAGUUUGGCAAAGCCGUUCUGGAGGAUCUUUGGACGGCUGUCAAGAAGCUGUUUGUGGAUGAGUCUGAGGAGCGUGAGGAGGCAGCAGAGGUUUAUGAGCAGGAGGUCCACCAGGGGGCGCUACAGAGGCAGUUCUUUGGCAGGUCCAAGCUGCUGUCAGCUGCUGUGGAGAUGGUGGAGCAGCUGCAGACCAAGGGGCACAUGAUGGUGGUGGAAGGAGGAGCUGGAGAGGGCAAAACUCUCUUCAUGGCUGGUCUGGCAGAAGCCCUCCGGACUGGACAGAAGUCCAGGAGAAACCUCGUCUGCCGAGUCGUCUCCUACUCGACGGCUGCCAGCCAGUCGGCACGCUCCGGGGAAAACCUUGUUGGGUGCCUCGUUCAGUUGCUGAGAAAGAUUAAAGACACACAGGAGGAAUCACCUCUUCCUCGCUCGUAUAAAGACUUGCUGGCAGAGUUUCACUCCACCUUGACCACCAUGACGAUGACAACUCCUCUGGUGCUGCUGAUUGACGGAGUAGACCUGAUCAGAGACGGCAGAGGUCAGCUGAGCUGUGAUUGGCUCCCUCCAAAGCUUCCAAAGGGUGUGUGUUUGGUUGUGAGCAUGACCUCCAAAGCGCCUCUGUUACAAACGCUGGUCAAGAAAACAGGCACAGUCCUGUUUUCCCUGGGACCGCUCACCGUGCCGGACCGCAGGGAAAUCGUUAAAAAGGAGCUGGACGCCUUCGGGAAGAAACUCAGUGACUCUGCGUUCAACAGCCAGCUCCAGACGCUGAUCAUGAAGAAGGGGGCUUUGAGUCCUCUCUACCUGCACCUGGCCUGUGAAGACCUGAGGAACUUUGCCUCCUUUGACAGGUUGAAGGAGAAUGUUCUGGGUAUCCCAGGGUCUCUGAGCCAGCUGGUGCAGUACAGCCUGGAGAGACUCUGCUCACACUACAGAGACAUGCAGGGACUCCGCUGGGCGCUGGCAGUGCUCACUGUCAGCACCACUGGUCUGAAAGAGAGAGACUUGUAUGCUGUGCUGAACACAUGUAACAGUCUAUCCUCUCAGAAAGCACAGGUCACAUGGCAGGAAGUCCUGCAGCUGUACAGGAAGCCCACAGGACGCAUUCCUAUGGCAGCUUUCACCCGCAUAGUGCACAGUUUACAAAGCCUGAUGGAUCCAUCUCAUUGCUACAAUACCAGCGACUUGCUGACUCUGAAAAAUGUGGAGGUGAAGCGAGCCUUUGAGGACUUUCUCCUUCCAGCAGAGAGUGAAACAAAGAGAGCCCACCUCAUACUGGCUGCUCAUCUGUGGACACGAGCUGAUCCUGAGGGACAAGAGACCUUCUUUCACUGUGAGGUCAACUCUGUCAUGCACCUGCCCCAAAGCCUGAUUGAAAGUGGACAGAUGGAGGCAGUCGAGUCGUUGCUGUCCAACUAUUAUUUCCUGUAUGCUAACGUGAGGAACGGGCUCCUGCAGCACCUCAUGGACAUGUACGACUUGUACAAGAAGGAGAGUAAAUCUGGCCACUCAAGACCCUUCUGUGGAAACGUCUGGGACUGCCACAACUUCCUCUGGGGCCACAGUGCCGUUCUCUCCUCCUGGCCGGCUCUUUUCAUCCAAGAAGCCCUUCACUGUCCUCCAGAGACCUCUGCUCAGUCCUGGGCCAAAGGUCUGGUGGGGAAAGGAGGAAACCGGAUUAUUGAGUGUCGUUCUCGUCUAAAAUAUGAUCCUCAAGAGUUCAGCAUGCUGAGGUCGACUCUCCGUUCUGAACCAACCUGCGUUGCCUUGAGUCCGGAUAAACUGCAGAUGGUGGUCGGCAGCUGUGAGGGAAUGCUGCAUUUCCUCAAUGUACAGACUGGACUGGAAGUGAAGUCUCUGGUGAGCAACUGCGAUGGCAUCUCAAGCUGUAUGUUUGUGGAGGACGGGCGUCUUGCCACCACCUCCUUUGAUGGACGCAUUGAACUCUGGGAUGUGGAGAAUGGAUGCAGGACUGCUCUGAUUGAAGGCCACAAUAAUGCAAUAACAGCCAGUAACAUCAGUGCAGACAAGAAGCACCUUGUGACGGUUUCCCUUGACUUCAAGCUAAAAGUGUGGUCCUCCACUAAAGGCCAUGAAGUGGCCUCUCUUUCAAGCAUCAGCCCCCUGAACUGUGUGACCUUUGACCCUGAAGCUCACUUGCUGGCUGCUGGCUGCUGGAACGGAGACGUGAUGGUGUGGAACUGGCUCCAGAAUCAGCAGCUUCCUUUGCUUCGUGGUCACCAGCGGUCCGUGCGCAGUCUGGCCUUCUCGUCUACGUCCUCGAUGCUCUGCUCUGGCUCCAUCUCCGGAGAGGUGCGGGUGUGGUCGGUGCCCACCUCCACCUGUGUGGGAUGUUUCCAGGCUCAUGACGGAGCCACAGAGGCUCUGAGUUUCCUGGAGGAAGAACUGCUGCUGCUGACAGCUGGCUCUGAUCACACGAUCCGUCUGUGGUCAGGUGGACUCGGACGUUCAGUCGCAACGUUGAAAAGUGUUGAGGAGCCUACAGAGAAGGGAAACCAGCUUGACACAUCUGGACCGGCUGCUCUGUGUGUGGCUGCACACGGAGACUACGUUGCAGUGGGAUACCACCUUGACAGCAUCAACAUCUUCAGUCUUCAUUCGGGAGAGAAGAUCCAGUCCAUUGAGUUCAUCGAACUGUCCAUCCACUGCAUGCUGUGGGUCGUUGUGGAGACAAAGAAGGAAAAGACAGAAGUACUGGUGUUUUCAGGAAGUGACCGACGACUGAGGGUGUACAACAACAAGGAGGGGAGCCUAGAGUAUGUAGGCAUGUUUGCUUCGCAGUCGGGUGUCGUCCUGGCAAUGGCGCAAAACUCCACUUACCUGGCAACAGCGUCCGAGGACCAUACUGUUGCUCUGUGGCGGAUAAAGACUCUUGCUCAUGACCCACCGGACCUUCCAUGUGCGCUGCUGAAGGGCCACAGUAAAGCAGUCACCUGCCUGGCCUUCAGUCCUGAUGGGAAACAGCUCCUCUCUGGUGGGAAAGAUCGGGCUCUGAUGUUGUGGGACGUGAGCUCGGUGCCUGGCCGUCUUUCCAAACCUCUGCAUCACGCUCACCGGGACUGGAUCACCGGCUGCGCCUGGACUGACGGCUGUGUGGUGAGCUCCUCAGAUGAUGGGAGACUUUGUUUCUGGGACCUUGAGGCAGGUCAGUGCAUCAGAGAAAUCUCCUGGAAGAGUCCCCUGACUUCAGUCUGCUGCCUGGGAGAACAUGUGAUUGCAGGGUCUGCAGACGGGGAGCUGCAUGUGUGGGAGUGGGAAACAAAGGCAGAGGUCAGCCACAUCGCCGCUCACAAGCAACGCAUCAACCACUGCUGCCUCCAGGCAAACACAGACAAGACAAAAGAAAUCAAGCCAGGAGAGAUGACUGUGUUCACUGCAUCUAAUGAUGGGAUGGUGAAGGUCUGGAAGCCUUUGCAGGUGGAGCACAUCGCCUCCCUCCACGGUCACAGUGGAGCCGUUCAAGGUUUUGUUCUGAGGGAGGAAUUCAACGAAAUCAUCACAGUGUCUGGAGAUCGCUCAGUUCGCAUGUGGGCAUCGGGUCGAGACUAUCCUAAGGACCAGAAGAACUCGGUUGCAGUUAUGAGCUACUCUGAAAAUGGUGAAAUGUUUGUUGCUGGUUAUGAGUCCGGUUUGGUGGAGGUGUGGCGUCACCACGCCAUUAUUACCCACAAACAGGUGUCCGACUCCCCCAUCACAGCAGCCUGCUUCAUGCCCAAAGACCAGCUAGCUAUUAGCAACAAGACAUCGCUGCAGGUUGAUGUUUGGGAGAUGAUGUGGAAUGAAGAACACAACAAGGCCAGCCUGGUGAAGGCGACCUCCUACAAAGUGAAAGAGGAAGUGCAGCACCUCUUCUACUGCUCAGCCCUGCUGGGGGUGUCCUGCUAUGGAAGGAUAUUCGAAGUCUCACUUGACAUGAGCAAUAUGUGGGAAAGUGUGAUCACAAACUGGCACGUCACUGUUCGUAUCCAUGCUAUAAUCCGUGAUGACGACAGUGGCGUGUGGCUGCUCGGUGAAGAAGACGGAACUGUUGUCAUCGGCUUCUUGUUCAGCGUGGGCUCCAAAGGAAGUCUCAGUUCAGCUUUCAGCACCGUCACCAUGAAGGAGGGAGAGAUAUAUGAGGAGGACAAGGAGGAGGAGGAGGAGCAGGAAGGUGAUGAGGAGGAAGAGACAACUGAUGAGAAGGAGGAGGAGGAAGAGAAGGCAAAGAAAGCAGAGGAAGAUCAGAAAGAUGAGGACAUGGAGGAUGAGGAGGAGAAGCUCUCACAACUGCAAGAAAAUGAGAAGAAUGAAAAGAAGGUGGAGAGUCAGGAAGAGAAGGAGGAGGAGGAAUCCGGAGAGCAGGAGGAAGAGGAGGAUUCUGAAGAUCUGGAAGAGGAGGACUCUGGGGACCAGGAGGAUAAAGAGUAUGAGGAGGAGCAGAUGGGGGAUCUGGACGAAAAGGAGGAGGGCUGGGAGGAUGAGGAGAAUGAAGACUUGGAGCAUCAGGAGGAAGAUGAGGAAGAGCAGAACAUGGCGGAGCAGCAGGAAGAGAAGAAGAAUGAGGAGCAGAGCCAGGAGGAGAAUGAGGAUGAGGAGCAGAGCCAGGACAGAGAGGAUGAAGAGGAAGAGGAGGAGGAAGAUGAGCAGGAGAGGAAGGAGCUCCAGAAGGGGGAGAGCCUGAUAACUGCUCUAACGAAGGACAGAGAGUUUGUGGUGUGCGGCGACAUGGAGGGAAACAUGUGGUUUAAUCGGCCUCCUGAGGGUUAUUCAUGGAGCAACAAAAAACUGGUUCACAGUGACAGGAUCACUCAGCUGAGACUGACUGACACCACCAUCAUCUCUGCUUCCCUCGACCGCACAGUGAAGCUGUGGGACCGCAGCUCCAAGAAACAGGUGGGCAUGUUUGUGUGUGAAGGGCCUGUUCUGGUUUUGGAAGUAAAUCCAGCAAAACCCACUGAGCUGAUCUGCGGUGAUGGAUACGGCCUGGUCUACAUUCUCUCCUGGAAAGAGUGAUCGUCUCUACUUUACACACCAAUCAAUCAAUCAGUCAAUGAAUAAUACUUAAAUGCAGCUGAGUCUGAAAAGCUGAGUCAGAAAUAGAGCCUGUUUUUCUUUAAAUGCCAGGAAAUGCAUUGUUGAGGCUACUUUCUUUCCACUCCUGGAUUACCGUGAAGUUGUUCAUAUGAAGCUCACUCCCUCCAUCAUGAAGGUGCUCUGCCCCUGCAACCUGGAUCACACUUCAGCAGGAACCGAAGCUGCACAUGUUCCAAACUGCUUCUCUACUUGCACUUACUACUUGCACUAAUUUUAAGAUUUUAUGUUAAUUGUUUUCCAUAAUUAGUUUCAGAUAAUUGUCUUGUUCGAUGAAUUUGUAAAGAAAAACUAACAUGAAAUGUUGCACUGACCUUGUAUCAGAGGUGAUAACUCUUAACUGCUGCCUGUAGUGAGAGGAAGAGAACUGAAAUGCUGCACUAAACAUGGAGUAGAGGCAGAAGCACCAGACUUCUGAACUAACCAAAGAAUAUUUGUCAUAUUUUCUUUCUUUUUGCUUUUGACAGUGGCGACUGUGCAAUAAAUGUUGUGAAGGUAUCUGCAGGGAUUUAUUCUGCUUUAUGUUUACAUUCAGAAUCAUGAGGUACUUGCCAGUGUAUGAAUCAAGCCUAAAGUUUUAUGAGUUGAGUUAAUUGAUGGUUUUGAGAAUGUAUCUAUUGUGACACAAUGAAGUGGAACAAAUAUAAUUAUCAAAUAUGUUUUAUUUUUCAAAUCGUUCAAUAAAGUCACUAAAGCACUA